AUGUUCGUCGAAGCUGUCGGGCUGUUCUUUUUCCUCGCGGCCAUUUAUGUGGCGUCCACUAUUUGGCAAAACCGCCAUCUUCCCCCGGGACCGUUUCCGCUUCCAGUGCUGGGAAACUUGCUGUCGAUUAGCCUUGAUCAGCCAUAUCGUGAUUUCGCGAACAUGGCGCGGACGUACGGGAAGCUUUUCCGUGUGCAGAUGGGAAGCACAAAAGUGAUUGUCAUCAACAGCUACGAAAUCGCCAAAGAAGCGCUUGUGACAAAAGCAAAAGAUUUCGCUGGGCGACCUCCUCAUUUCUUUGGAGCAAUUUUUGGCCGAGAUAACACUGACAUUGCAUUUCAAUCUUACUCUCCUCGAUGGAAAUUGCAACACAAAAUCGCCAUGACAGCGAUGCGCAUGACUGAGGACAAAGUUAAUAUCCCUUCCUAUAUUGAAGAGCUGUGUGGGGCGUUUUGUUUGCACGAUGGAAAGCCAUUCAACCCUCGAGAUUCUAUUUACAAAUCCAUAGGAGGCUGUGUUUCAUCGUUGAUUUUUGGCGAUUAUAAAUGCAAUGACUGGGAAUUAAACGCCCUAUUACAAGCUAUCCAUGUGUUUAAUCUCUCAAUCGGGGCAGCUAAUUUCAUUAAUACAUUUCCAGUUUUCAAGUACAUCCCUUUCCACAGCAUCGAGAAUGCAAAGGAUUCUGCAAAAAUUCGAGAUCAAAUUUUCUUGAGGAAAUUUCAAGAACAAGCUUCUACUUCGAACACGAAAAAUUUUAGCUCGGUGAUUGAAGCUAUGUACAAGGAAUUCAGAGAAAUUGGCUGCGAUGGACUCACAGAAAAUAAUUUAAUUUCAAGGUAAGCGCAACUCAAGUCCUAUAGUCAGAAUAUAUUACCAGGGCGACUCAAAAAAUUUUUUCGGCUUUUGAGUAAACACUAAUUCUUGGUUCGCAACCACGUGACAAGGCGGUCAUGUUUGUGGUCACUACAGGACAAUUUUUUCUCAAAGAAUUUACAUGAAAAUAAAGUUUAGUUCCCAGAGGAGAGAAAUGCUCUUGUUCUUGACCGCCAACGUGGCCGCCAUUAACAGUGAGACGCGCUAUAUCUCGACGAUCUCACGAAAAAAUAGGGGACUGUGACAGUCUAACCGGCAAUAGACCUCUUUAGCUUGUAUGUUUUGUUUUCCUAAUAGAGCUCCUAGGGGAGCUUGACCCUUUGUCUUUUUAUAAGUUAUCCGUACACAUGCACGUGACGAAGACGAAAUUUAAAAGAAACACUUCUCUAGAGUCUUAUCACAUGACCUGUAUUGGGGAAACAAAACAUACAAGCUAAAGAGGUCUAUUCACUUGCCUCCCACGCAGACAUUCUUAUGACUUCGUCACGCGUUCCUUGAGGAGGAUUGCGAGGUGGGAAAAAGAACCGGGAGUAAAAUAUUUUGGGCGCAUGAAAGCAGUGGGAACUAAGACGGGUUUAGAUUCCCGACCCAAUUGCCCGAUACCCUAACUAAGCAGAGUAUCGACUCCCCGCUGGUUAUAGCCUGCGCAGCUGGUGGUUUGUUUUGCGAGAGGAAAAAACGGGAAAACGACGAGGGCUUUUUUGCACGCUCGGAAAAAAGUAAAAAUGACGCCAGCUGGGCUACCCAAGAGAAGCUCACUCAAUCGGGUAGAGAGAAGCGACGACCGGAAAGACGUCUACGUUUGCGGGCUAGAGCUGCGCAGGCUACACUGGUUGGUCCUGAUUCGUCGGUCCAUUAUAUUUUCCCAUGAUAUACAAUACUCUACAGUAUAUUCGCUAACAGUUUGGUCCUCUUUUGUUUCUUUUGGUUACUCGAAUUUGCAACAGAAUUUUAGCUGAGCGAAAACAAAAUGUCCCACCAAAAAAAGGGUAAAAAAAAAAAAAAAAGAAAGAAAAAGAAAGAAAAGCGCGAAGGUCCAAAUAUUUUUAAAAACAACGACUUAACUUACUUAACAAUUAAAAAAACUGAGUCAGUGAUGAACUAGCCACACAUUCGUCAAAACUCAAAUUGUCCAUCGAAAUCAGUUUAAGUUCUUUCCGAUCUUUGCACUUUGUGGCGUGUGUUCUUUCUCGGCUGCAGCCGGUACGGCAGUUUUCAUACUCAGUAAGUAGACAUUGCAAAUCCAUACAAAUAUUAAAAAUUCAGGAAAAACUUUAAGAAAAAUUACAGUAAUCAUUGAAGAACGUUUCUCAAUAAAAGUUACGCUAAUUUUCUGAUAAUGAAUUGCGUCGAAUCCAAGAGAAAUGGGGCUUAGUUUGAGUUAGCGGUGAGUUCGAGUUACCGGGGGUUCUACCAUGUCUACUGUAGCAAAAACCAAGGGAUCGGUGCGGGGUUCUAAACACCCCUAUCCCACCUAUUCCAAGGUGGGGGUAUGAAUCUCUACCUCCGAGAGUUUAUAGACUUUAAAUUAAUUAAGAAUGACUAUCUCAUUUUCUUGUAGCGCCUCUGACUUGUUCUCUGCCGGAACGGAGACCCCUUCAACUGAAAUUCUCUGGAGUCUGUUUUAUGCCAUAAAGUACUCGGAUGUGCAGGCCAGGUUGCAUCGCGAGUUGGACGAUGUGAUUGGUCUCGAACGAUUGCCAGAGUUAUCAGACAGGCCAAACUUGCCUUAUUUGGACGCGUUCUUAACUGAGAUGGUACGCAUUGUAAGCGAGACCCCCCUGGCGAUUCCUCACUCGACCACGCGGGACACGACCCUUGCGGGAUUUUUCAUCCCGCGGGAUGUUACUGUGUUUGUUAAUCUCUGGGCUAUUCAUCACGACACUGAAUACUGGGUUGAACCGUUCACUUUUCGACCGGAGCGUUUCUUGAACGAAGAUAAACAACUUCGAGUAGAUGGAAUGUUGCCCUUCUCAGCUGGAAUACGCACGUGCCCUGGAGAAAAGUUUGGCAAGAAAGUAGUUUUCUUAUUUGUAGCAAGAUUGUUUCACAGGUUUAGAUUUGAGUGUCCGAAAGGUGAAGAAUUACCAGCCGAAGAAGAUAGUGAUCUUGGAAUUCUGCGUAAUUGUAAACCGUUUAAAAUCUGUGCCGUCGCGAGAAAUUAA